GGAUGCAAUAUAUAUAUAUAUAUAUAUCUUUGCUUUUUGAAAGAAAGAAAUGAAUAGAAGUCCAAAGUUGCGGCCAGCCCCUGUAGAAGAGCGGAAAACCAAGUAAACAACCUGUCUCUGCAUCGGCGCUUCCCUCUUUCAGAGUUGCAGGAAUAGCGCAGUGUGUUGAUUAAAGCAUGGCCAAGCACCAUCCUGAUUUGAUCAUGUGCCGGAAACAACCAGGUAUUGCAAUUGGACGACUUUGUGAGAAAUGUGAUGGAAAGUGUGUAAUCUGUGAUUCUUUAGUGCGUCCUUGCACGCUUGUGCGGGUUUGUGAUGAAUGCAACUAUGGGUCAUUUCAGGGGAGGUGUGUUGUCUGCGGAGGACUGGGGAUAUCUGAUGCAUACUACUGCAAAGAGUGUACACAGCUGGAGAAAGAUCGGGAUGGUUGUCCCAAAAUCGUCAAUCUGGGGAGUGCCAAAACAGACUUGUUCUAUGAACGUAAGAAGUAUGGUUUCAAGAAAAGAUGAUUGCUUGAUAUUUUACCUUCAGUGAUUCUCUUUUGCCCCAGCUUUUGUAUUUGGAAAUAAUAGAUUUAAAAAUGUUGGAAUCAUUGUUAAGACUUUGGUUUCUGGAUUUGUUGUUGUUCAAUAUGUUUUCUCUGGAGCUGUAAAUCAACUGUAUAACAGGCCUGAUUUGCAUUUUACAGCUUACCGUAUGCUUAUGGAUUCCUAUUGGUGCCUUUUGCUAGGUACACGUGAAAGCUUAUUGGAUCUUGGAUUUUACAAUAUGAAGUAACUCUCUUUAUUUUUAUAAGCUUCGCCCCUUGCUCAAGAUUUGGAACAAAUACCUUUUAAUAGAAAAUCUUAAGUUCUAAUUGUUGGGAUGUUUUCUUCAGGACAUGUCAAUGCUAUUUGUAAGAUAUGUCAACAUCAUUCUUUAAUAGGGUCACUUUGGAUUCUGCAAUCUGUUCAGUAGUUCUAGCCUAGUAGUGAUCAAUUUGUCUGCUGGAUGGAAUCCAAAUGAAUUUAUUUGAUUACUAGAGUAGCUUUGCUUUCCGUAAUCUGUUUGGUACUUCAAUCUGGUGCUUUCCUGUUGAUUAAGUUUUGUCUAGUGAGCAGAAUGUAAAGGAAAUGUUGAUUAAGUGGUGGUUAAGGUGAAGGUGGGUGUGGACUUUCAAGUAUUUUGUCUUUUGUGUACGGGUUGAUUAGAGUUUGACAUUUAUUAAGUAGUUUACUACUGUAAUGUUUUGAAUUUUACAGCUUUUAUGGCACAAUGUGAAAAAGCUGGUUAUGUUGGGUGAAGAUGCUUUCCACUAUGCAAGUUUUUCUGAUGGGCUUGCCAUUGAUGAUCCUUUGUAUAUGGAAGAACCACUUUACUUGGAAACAAUGGAAUUGCCAAAGUGAUUGCCGGUACAAUUGAUGGAGAAAAAGGAGAAGCACUUGGUGAUGAACCUGUAAAGAAUUAUGGUAAAUGGCCCUUCACACAGGUUUAUGGGAUUCAGUUGUCUUUUUAAUGCAUUAAACCUCAAUGAAGUGUGUUUCUGGUUAAUUUGGAAAUUUGUCAUAGUUAUCUGCAGUAUUAAUUUUGAUGUGGCCCGUUAAUCUGCUCAGGAACCUACUUCUUUCACGUUUUCUGCACUCAACCUAGCAAUUCAUUUUCAUGGUUGGCUGUCUUUUUUGAUCCUUUUUUACUCCUUUUUUACUGUAAUUACCUCUAAAACAAGAUAAGAAGGCCUACUAUAAGUCUGCAAGUAUGUGGCACGCAUAUGAGCUCUUGUUGAUAAACUCGUGGAUCUGGAGUGUUGUUUUCCGCUGUUAGUAAGCAUCUUUCAGUUCACCUCUCCACCCUAUCCCACUAUUACCCCUUCAGAUUUAUUGGGCUGGCUCUGGUCAACAAUAUCCGUGAUUUUUUUGAGAUUUUACCUUCAAACCUUGAUAUGGCUUCAAAAUAUUAGUCAAUGUUAUAUUCAGUAGAAUUUAUUUGCUGGUUUGGACAAGCAUUUUUCUAUUAAGUAGUGCAUUAAUGUUGAUCCUGUGUGCAUAUUCAUAUUGACUGGACAUCCUUCUCUAAAUGGUUUCUGCCCAUAAUUUUCUUGGAUUACUGGUUCCAAUGACAUGAGAUCAAACGUUAUACAGUGUGAAAUAUGAAAGGUUGGGUUGUCAUUGGGGCUGCUCAACCUCUCAUUUGGGUGAUUUGGGCUGCUAAGACUUGCCAUCCUUCUCGGUGGAUGUGGUGGGUGGGGUUUCUUGGAGGUGGCCUCGCCAAGCUUCUAGAGAUCUAUGAUUCCUCUCCAUUGCAAGGAUUCAUUGAUGCCAAUGCUUUAUGUCAUGCCACCACUAUUCUCCUUACCUGCAUAUUGUGGAGUUUAUUAGGUACGAUGCAAAGUUUCGAACUUCCAACAUCCUUAAGAAGGCCAAGUAGCCCCCUGGAAGAUUGAUCCUGUAAGAAGCCUAUGUUUAUUAAGUGGUACAAGGUUUUUAUUUUGUUUGUUCUUGUUAUGCUUCAGAAAUGAAGGAUAUUUGCUUAGCUGGGAUUCUGAGUUGGUUGAAACUUGGAAAACCAUUUGGAUGCUGGAAUUGGGUUUCGCAAUGGAAGUUAAAGUUACAAGAUGGAAA